UGGCUGUUGUGCGCAUGCGUUAACAAAAGUUCGGUGGCGUUAGCUCGCGUGCUACUAGUCACCUUUUCCCAACAUCAGAGAAGGAAGUAGUUUUGAAGAUCCACGCACAAACCUGGCUAGAAAACGGCAAGAAACCCGAGUGACACGCCGAGGACUGUGGGGAGAUGCCACUACACACUCCUACGACUCAAUUAAAACAUCACGGUGUUGAGAAACAUCUUGAAUCACGGGGAAGUUUGUGUUUACUGAUGUUGUAGUGGCUGGCUAAGCUCACUGUUAGCCUGUUAGCAGCAGCCCGAUCUCUUCACUUCACCGAACCGAUCCACCUCCUGUGCCGCGAUGAUGGGCGCGCGGUUGAGUUAGUGGCCCUCCCCGGGAGACGAGCCCCAGCCCGCUGAUCAUGGGAGGCUGUGUGGGGAGAUACUUGGACGGUUGGGACGACACGCCAAGUCGAGGAUCAUCAAGGAAUGGUCGCGGAGGCCGCAAUGAACCACUGCGUAAGGAACGCCCCAAGUGGAAGAGCGACUACCCGAUGACAGAGGGCCAGCUGCGCAGCAAACGGGACGAGUUCUGGGACACGGCUCCGGCCUUCGAAGGGCGUAAGGAGAUCUGGGACGCCCUGAAGGCUGCUGCUGUGGCGCUGGAGUGCAAUGACCAUGAGCUGGCCCAGGCUAUCGUGGACGGAGCCAGCAUCACCCUGCCCCAUGGUACUUUGACAGAGUGUUAUGAUGAGCUGGGAAACCGUUAUCAGCUGCCUGUGUACUGCCUGGCCCCUCCUGUCAAUCUGAUCUCUGAGCGCAGUGACGAGGAGCCCAGUGACAGCCCUGAACCCCCGACUGCCCCUAAGAAAGAGUUCCAGCUCAAGGUGCGACUGUCCACUGGGAAGGACCUGCGUCUGAGCGCCAGCAUGGCCGACACCAUCGGUCAACUGAAGAAGCAGCUCCAGGCCGAGGAGGACAUCGACAUCAUCCACCAGCGCUGGUUCUUCUCCGGCAAACUGCUCACAGACAAGACGCGCCUGCAGGACACCAAGAUCCAGAAGGACUUCGUCAUCCAGGUCAUCGUCAACCCGCAGGCUCUCAAAGCUCCCAAACUGUCCACCUCUGCUCCCAUUUCAGAAUGAGAUAGUACAUAGAAGUACAUGCUGGAAAACUACGGUGGGACUAAAGUGCUGCUUUGAAUCAGAAAAUUUUUAUUUUUCUAAGAUUUGCUGCACACUAUUUGAAGACAAGCAAGACUCACUUGACAUUUUGGCCUUGUGUCUGAACUCGCAUUUAAAGUGCCAACAGAAAAAUCUUAUCUGUGAAUUUGAACACCUACAAAAUAACUACAUUUCUAUCCAAGGACACAAAAGGCCUCUAAGAUGACACUUUGUUUGUUUUUUUAAGAGGAAACAAGCUUUUUUGCACAUUUGAUGAAACUUUUGUGGUAGUUUGUGUGCCUUCUAUUAUCAAAAAAGGGUCCUAAAAUAUUAGUAUGUCACUAAUCCUUGUAUAUUUGUAGCCUUCUAAUCUAAAUCCCACUUUUUAAUUAUUUUGAAUAUGCUGACCUGUUUGGAGAGGAAAUUCACUUGAUGCAUUUUAAGUAGCUGAUAAAGACUGUUUCCCCCUCUCUCCAUUCAUUGUAACUAAAGAUGACCCCUUAUGCACAGUAGAAUAUUGCACCUAUGAAUGUAAUCUUGUACAAUUCCCUUACCAGCUUUUGUGUAUGAGCUACAAAAUGGCUGCUAAUCAAUAAAUCAUCAAAUUGUACCUCUGAAAUACAGGGACAUACUUCAUUCAUAAAGGGAUACAUUACAUUUAAACCAGCAUUAAAAUAAUACCUAUUUUUAUACAAUCAUUACUUAUAGGCGCAAUUUGUAACUUUUCCAGUGGAACGUCCAAUGUCUGCUUUUGUCCAUGGUAGAGUUGUCAACAGUAUCGAAAGUCAGAUACUAAUUGAUACUAAAAUUGGUAUUUAAAGUUGAGUUGACUCAUUUGACCAGUUAUCAAUGCUAAAAAAAGUUACAUUCACAGGACAGAAAUGAACCUUUCCUGAAUAUCUUUAGAAUGAUCUUGAGCUGUAUCAGAACAAGAACACAAAGUAGUAUACGAGUUAGAAAUUUUAGUAUCGUGACAACACUAGUCCAUGGAGAUAUUAUUGCUGUGGAAAAGACAAGCAGAACUCUAUACCAGAAAAGUUAUGCAUUGUUUCUUUUAAUCUGUCAAUGUAAUACACCUCCCUGUAUCUUGUCAAAUUACUUUUAGGUCAUAAUUCAUUUUUUCCAUAUACGUUUGAGGGAUGUUUGAAUCAUAUGCAAACUUGAAUAAGCCUUGUUUUUAUGUGCAAUACAGUAGACCUCAUUUAGUGUUCCUGACAGGUAUAUCCACUUUUCAAUGUUGCUGGAGUGACCCAUGUUGUGCAGGUACAGAUCAUAUAAUCACUUACUGUUCUUGGGCCUUAAAAGUUACAUUUCUGUGUUUUAAUAGUAGAAUAUUAUAACUUUAAAAAGUAUAUUCAGCGUUUUCAUUUUUGUCGGUGUAUGUUGGGAUGUAAAUCUGUGGAAUGAGGUUGAAGGUGCAGUUACUAUCAGACAUUGUCAAAUUGCAUUAUAAUUUUAAAAAACCUUAACCAUGUGGAAACAAUCAUCUAGGUUCAGAAACAUGGCUAUUGCUUAAAAGGCAAAAACUACUACAUGUGAACUUUUAUUUCUGUACAGUGCGCAUUUUGAAAAGCUGACUAAAUUUGUUAAAUUCUGCUCAUUGUUCUCACAAGCACCACAAUAUUCUGAAAACAAUUGACGUCUUGCCAUAGUAUUAUAUGGAAUUUAUGAAUUUUCUAAUUUGACAUUGCCACAAUAAAUUUCCAUUUUGAAUAUUGUUUUGGCAUAUCUGCUGUGAAUAUAUAUUUCAGUUUGACAAAUUCCAUUGGAAAAAUUGAUUUAUAUCCGUCAUUCAGGUUUGGGUGUCCUAGAUUGUCAUACUGUUAACUCUAAACAGCCCACACACUUGGACUACCUGCAGUUCAAAGUUUGCUUCAAUAUAAACACUAAAAGGGACAUCAGGCUUCUGAUCUUGUAUUUACUUUAACUACACAGUUAAUAGCUGUUUUGUUAUUGUGGCUCAAAAUGACAUGUUCAAAGAGAUGAUGUCUUGUUGCCUUUGAGAUAUUAAUGUUUCCCAAUUUCACACUACAAGCCAUACCAAAAUGCACAACCAUCAUUAUAUCCACAGAGAAUUUCCUAAAAGUAUUAUAUUUAGAUAAACCAGAGAUAUUUUUCGACAAAUUAAAGACUAUAGAGAAAAAAAAUCCACUUAUGAGAGAGAUUAAAUCACAUUUUUACAAGCAGUUGUUGCAGUUGUACUUGUUUAAUUUUGGACUAUUUUAAGCUGUGGAAUAAAAAUGUUUUAUUACAAAGUAAAA